GAACAGAAGAAGACAUAUGAGGAAGUUUUGCCGCGUUUCUUUGUUUUGGAUCUUCAUGCUCAAUUUUUUUGACGUUUCGAUACUUCAGAAACCGUUUAUUUCGCUUACGAAUAACGAGCUAAAUGCAAUGUUAUGAUUCUGUUUUGAUUGAACGCAUAUGAGCUAAUUUAGUAUACAGCGUCUCUGUCGACUAGCUACUGUAGCUAGUUAACGGUAGUUAGCAACACAGGAGCCUUGAUGUCAGUCGCUAAGGCUUGCUCAUAUCAUGGAUGGUGAAAACAACCCCUGCCUGCUGCUCUCCUUUACCGCGCCUAAAUCUGAGGGUCCUGAUUGUAACAGAGUGAACAGCAGGCUCCAGAGAUGGCAUCAGUGAAGCAGGAAGACUGCAGUCAAACACUGGGGCUGAAUGUCAACAUUAAAGAUGAAGUAAAGGAGGAAGAGAUUGAAACAUUUGUGUAUCAUGGGCCGGCUGGAGAGUUCAAAGAAAACACGGAAGAACACCAAGUCUUACUACUCAAAGGAAAAAGAAAACCGAAAGGAAUGGAGAAGGAAACUGAAAAAAAGAGGCACCGAUUCACCCCUGGAGAUGAGGAUCUUAUUAUUUCAGGGGUACUUGGGCACUGGGAGGACCUCUUCGGCGCCCAGGCCCACAUUCGCCCCCGGGGGUCAAAGACAGCAACCUGGAACACCAUCGCUGGGACCUUGACCUCGGCUGUGGCGAGAUGUGGUGACGAUGUCCGGAAGAAGUAUAAUCUCAUAAGGAGCCAAAUCAAGCAAAAGGUUUCUUCUAUCCGGACAUUGUCUUCCCAGACUGGUGGGGGGCCCAACACCGUGCCGGUGCUGACCGACCUGGAGCAGCAACUUUUCUCCCGAAUGGCAGAGACCGAGGCUGGUGUAGGGCCUGUUGAUUUGGGAUUUGGUCCCUCUCAGGGAGAAAUCUCCAGCUCUGGUCCCCCACCAGCAGUAGAGGGAACUGUGGAGUCAGCUUUACCCUCUGUCACCAUGGAGGAGCUACCCUCCACCUCACCAUCAACACCUUGGCCAGCACCAACAGUGCCACCCCAACCCAUCACCUCCCGUCCUGCACCAGCUCACUCAAUCCACUCUCAAUCAAUGAAUCAAAUUUAUUUUAUAAAGCCCUUUUUACAUCAGCAGUUGUCACAAAGUGCUUUACAGAUACCCAGCCUAAAACCCCAGAGAGUGAGCAAUGCAGAAGCACGCUCUGGCACCGCACCCCAACCCAUCACCUCCUGUCCUGCACCAGCUCAUUCCAUCCACUCUGGCUUUGCUCCCCAACCCAUCAGCUCCUGUCCUGCACCAGCUCAUUCCAUCCAUUCUGACUCUACACCCCAACCCAUCACGUCUGCCUGGACACCACAAGGCCCCCAAGCCAAUCUGCUCCAACAAAUCCUGGACACACAAACGCAACAAAUCCAUGUUACACAGACCGCCCAACACAUCCACCAAGCUCUUUAUGAUUUAUUAGAAAAAGCACAUGAAACACAGAAGGCACACCUGGAUGUGGAGAAGAACCGGCUCCAGCUGGAUAGAGAGCGCUUGAGGGUGGAGACAGAGCGCCUGCAGGUGGAGAGGGAGCGCCUCAAGAUGGAGAAGGAUCGCCUGGGGGAAGGGGAGGCGCUUCGGCAGCUCUCCGUCUCCAGGUCAGUCGCCCAAGAACACCAGACGCCUGUGAGUUCAAGAACUGCCAGUGCCUCCCCCACCCUUCCUCUGGGAACACCAUCAGCCUCCAUGUCCAGUCCCCUCACAUUAAUAUCACCUACUGCACCACACUUUGAUUUCUUAUUUUCCCCAUUACCGGUAAUCACAACCCAUUCCACCCAGCCAUCACAAAUCAGCCCCACCUCAACCUCCCCUACCUUAACCAGCCCUGCCCCAACCUCCCUACCUUAAAAAUUCCUGCCUCAACCUCUCCUACCUUAACCGUUUCUGCCCACUCUCUCAUCCCUCCAAUCUCCAGAUCUGUUAAACAGCGAGUUCAGGAGACAGUCCGGCCUUGGCCUGGACCCACUGCUAAGAAUACAAAACAUCAAUAAACAAAUAAUGUA